AUGAUGUGCCAUUGCCAACUGCGUUCGGACAUCGUGAUUGCGCUGAUGGAUGGCAAGCGUCCUGGAGAUGAUCCUACGCAUGAUGCAAAAGACGACCUUGAAUCGUGCAGUGUCAGAUCCAUACAACCUCAAGGAUCCUCGUUUGAAGAAGAUGAGGUUGAUUCGCACAACGAUGAGGAGGAUGCCGUUGCCAUGCUGGAUUGGAUUGCUGGCGUCGGUGUGGGGCAUGGACAUCAGGACGGUGGUGGAGAAGUCGAGCGUGUGCUGGCUGAGCUGGGGGGCAACAUUGAGAGUGCUCCCUUUCUUGGACAACCGGCAACCCAGGAUUCCAGCGGCCUCUCGCUCGACAGCUUCCUUUCUGGUCAAGUGGAGGCUCCUCCUCACGAAGGAGAUCAGACUAAAGUUCGCAAAGGUGAUGCAACAGAUUGCGAGGCGAAGCCUCAUAUGCCUGGUUCAGCCAUACACACGAGUGGCGAGUGUGCGGAGGCCUCGGAGGAUUUUGGUCCUGUUGCCGCCCAGCUCCUUAUUGAACCUCUGGGUGUUUCCCAGUGGGAUUGUGAUCUGCAAGAUGUCGGCGAGGGACGAUCAGAAGACGGCGAGAAGACAGAACCUCAAGCUCGUGGUAAAGCUGGAACAGAUGGAUAUGUGGAUAUCGCGCCAAGGCCCCCCAAUGCAGACACCGAGCCUCUAGUAGCCCCGCCUGUCCCGCCUCUAAAGAGCAUGAGAAACCAGAGUAGAAAGGGAAAGAAAUAUAACAAAGAAGAUGGGCUUGAUAUUCCACGCAGUAUUCUUCCCAAGCAUAUCACCCGUGGAAACAGAAAGCUAGCCGAUGCGAUGAGGAAACCGAGGAGACGGAGAAGUUCAGGGGCCUCCACGGUGAGCCGAGACAGUUACAGCAAGAACGAAGGCCGUGACAACUACAACUGCAACCUUUGUGGCGCGAGAUUCAUCGGAGAAAAGGAUCAGGACGAGCACUUUUGUCUUUUUGUCAGGAUCCCAAGGAAGCUGCUGCUGAAAGAAGAGCUGAAAGGGAGCAUACCCAAGGAUUACGAACUGAUCCUGGACCUAUACAACGACAGGGAUAAAUACAAGAAUGGGGAAAAAGGUUACCCUGGAGAGCACGAAAAGAAUAACAAGCAGGCACUCGCAGAUAGGGAGCCCAUCAACAAGUUCAUCAAAGACGUCUCUUUGCUUAAGUUGGAUGUAGAAGAGAUGUUGCGUCGAGCCAAGAAGGAGGGGGUCGAACCAAUCCAGCGAACGUUCGAGAGAACAGAUUCUGAUGUGCCGAGCAACGACCCGACUGGCAGAUUUGAAGACGUAAAGAUGGGGGAAACCUAUGUACAGCGCUCCUCGGAUGCGGACGAGCCUGACGACGUCAAGUUAGGCCCUGUAUCUUCAUCAGAGGUCAACCAGGAGGUCGGACCAUCACAGGUGGGCUUUGGAGAGCCGUUGGAAGCUCCUCCUCCUUUUGCAUCACUGCCUAUUGAUGCAGCGGGAGAUCGAGCAGCUAAUGACAACACCGACACGGAGGAAGAUGACGACACGACGAUGCGUCGUCCCAUGAAGAGACGGCGUAGACGACGUUGA